AUGAGUGCAUCGCGAGCAGGUCGGGCUGCCCUGAAGAAGACCAAGGUACCCAAGCCUAGUCCUCCGCGGCCUGGGGGCAAGUCUCCCGUUGAAGGGCCAGGCACAUCGUCGGCCGCGCGCUCGCUACCAAAACGAGCCAAUCCACACUUGCUGAACCUCAAACCAGACCCAGAACCCCAGACCGCCAUGUCACCGCGGGUAAUGACCAUUCUCGGCGUCAGUGCUCUUGGAAUCAGCACGUACUGCGGCUACCUCUACGCGUCCUACAAGCGCGAGGUAGCCCAGGCGCAGAAACUCAACGUCCCGGAAGAUGUGUCGGACCGGUACAACCGGACGGCGGGCACCUUCGACGCGGACGUCGAGAUGUCCGAGAAGCUCAUGCGGAUGGGCAAGAAACGCCGGGAGCUCGUGAAGGAGGCGCGAGGCGACACCCUGGAGGUGAGCUGCGGCACGGGACGCAACCUGGCGUACUACGACCUCGGCGAACGGCGCGGAUACGACACGGACGGCCGCGCGGAUGUCCGUGGAUGUCGCUCGGUGACGUUUGUCGACCUCAGCCCGCAGAUGGUAGACAUUGCGCGGGAGAAAUUUGUGAAGCUCCACCCGGACUUCAAGCAUGCGACGUUCCGUGCGCAGGACGCGAAGGACGUCGCUCCCCCCGUCUCGCCGGAUGGGAAGCCCGCCUAUUAUGAUACUAUUGUGCAGACCAUGGGCCUGUGCUCGAUGCCGGACCCGGCGGGCACGCUGCGCCAUUUGGGAUCUAUCGCGGAGCCGCAUCGUGGUCGGAUUCUGCUCCUGGAGCACGGCCGGUCGCACUACGGCUGGCUGAAUGAUAUUCUGGAUAACCUCGCUCCGGCGCAUGCCGACCGGCAUGGGUGCUGGUGGAACCGAGACAUUGGGAAGAUCAUUGAGGAAAGUGGGCUGGAGGUGGUCGAGGAGAAACGGUGGCAUUUUGGGACUACCUGGAAGUACGUGUUACGGCCUGCGCGGAAGAAUUAG